CAAUUUUAUUAAGUGAUAUUCCAAACUGAGAAGCCAAGCGAGCAAUCAAAGCAAUGGAUGGGCACUCCGGCGCUCCUGUGCGAUCUCGGACAUCCCAAACCCCAUCACCAUCCCACUCCGCCUCCGCCUCCGCCUCCGCCUCCAGCUCCGUCCACCACAAGCGCAAGUUCCACGCUACCGUCACCCCCUUCUCCGGCCCCGACGCCGGAGCUCUUACCUCCAACGACGACCUCGACAGCGUCAGCGCCCGCGAAGACGACGAGGAAGACGAUACUGACGAUGACGACGAUGAGGAAGAAGAGGUUGAUGAAGAUGAUGAGGAGGACGAGGACCACGAUUCCAUGCGCACCUUCACUGCCGCCCGUCUCGAUGGUGGUGCCGCACCUGGAGGAGGUGGGAACAAUAGCUCGAGAAGUGCGAAGCCGCCGAAGCCAGAGCCUUCGGUGACGGUGAAGGCUGAGCGGCCGUCAGCUGUGGAGAAGGAGCGGGGUGGGGCAACAGGUAAUGCAUCGGGGCAGCAGACUCCGGCUGCCACUGCAGGGUUGAUUCCGGGUAUCGUCGUGAAGGAGGACACUGUGAAGGGGAUUUUCACUGAGAAUAUUCAGACUAGCGGGGCGUACAGCGCCCGGGAAGAAGGAUUGAAGAGAGAGGAAGAUGCUGGGAGGCUCAGAUUCUUAUGUUACGCAAAUGAUGGGAUUGAUGAGCAUAUGAUUUGGUUAAUAGGGUUGAAAAACAUUUUCGCAAGACAACUUCCUAAUAUGCCCAAGGAGUAUAUUGUCCGUCUUGUCAUGGAUAGGUAAGAUAUAUUCUCUCUUUUAAUUUA